UGUGACAUUAAUUAAUACAUUAUGAUCUGCAAAAACGAAGCAACUGGCCAGGGAAUCGUCAUUUCACAACAUAAUCCAGAGACGAUUCCCAAAGAUGAACGGGACGAUACACAUUCUUUUUUUUUUUCCUUUUUUUUAUCACUUUGACCGUCUGACCGUUCACUAUAUCAAAGGUGAUCUCUUCACUGGCUUCUUUAGCGUCACUAGAGUUAGAAGAUUUCAAGAAAGGGCGACAUGAAGCGACAAAUGGACGAUGACUGCCCACAGCAAGUGACCAAAGACCCCAAGUUAAUCAAACUAUCCAAGCCCCUUCCAAGGACGGAGCAUCACCCAUUGAAAUAGUGUGGAUGAGCAGGCAGUUGCACCUCCUCCUUCCAAUGUAAACGCUGCAAGAGUGGUUCUUCCUAGACAGAUAGGAAUGUCCCGUGGAAGCAUCCGAGCUAACUCUCGGCCUAAAGUUUGCAAAUUUUACGUUCCUGAUGAUUGGAAGUCUUAUGGAGGGGAUGUCUUUGCAUUAGCUCUGGACGAGGCUGCUAAGACAAGUGAUGAUCUCUGUCUUUGUACAAAUGUUGCCUGUGCUCUUAGUAUCCUUCUUCCCGAUUUGAAGGAUGAGUUGUUCAAUGCUCUUUAUCAGCUAGGUGUAUCUCCUAUGGUUGUUUCCAUCCCUUCACAAGCCGAUGAACACCUGAUUACCUUUGAUGACAUCCCGGAAUACACCUGGCUACAUAUUUUGGUUAGGGGUGCCUUUUGCAUUUUCACACUGUUCAGGACUGUUUCUCCAGCCCACUACACCCCAUGUAUGUUGAAGAGGUUUCAGGCACUAAAGGGGAUUGUAGGAUGUGGCCCUAAUGCAGAAAUUCCUAUUCCUCUAAACCAGUCCAAGGCUAACACUCUACGUAUGAAGCUUGGAUCAAACCGGGCACUCAUAAAGAGGAUUAUCGAACUGAUUCUUGGUUUCAAGAAUGAGUCUGGAUGUAUUGCUUCGGUCAUGAGGUAUGUAGCCAAAAUCCUGUCCUACAAUGUCAGGGAUGAUUUUUCAUUCAUAUAUUAUACCUUGGUGAAAUACGAAUCACCCGUGCUGAGUGACCCGAGAGUGGAACAAGAUGUCAUAAAACUUGAAGAGGCUCUUGAGUUGAUGAAAGAUUCAGAUUACCCACAGUUCACUCGAUACCUGGCUUCCACUGCUGACUUAUUCAAGCUGGAUGGGUCUCAAUUCCCUACAUUGAUGUCUGUUGCACAAAAGGUCAAAGCGGAGGAGCUGCGAUCCGGUGCAUCAUCGGGUAGCGAAACUAAUCACUACCAAUUUGUUCUAUCCAAGUCUUUCGGUGCUGAUAAAGACCUUGUUAAGGACCUGUGGCGGAUUCAUUCUGCUGGCAUGGCAGAAAAACAGAGAAGACUGGUUGAAUGGAUGACAUCUGAGGAUGUCCUUGCUAGCGUGAGGCCUUUUUACGGCUAAGCUUUUGGUUGUUCUAUCUAAUGUUCUGUUAUCUGCCUGUGCUCGGUAGUUUCUUAGUAUCAUGCACUUGCCUUUUACCAUUAAAAGUAUCAUGAAGACUUUUUGCCAUUUUUAGUCAUGAAUCAUGUGUCAGUCACACUUUUGUUACUCGAAUUUUAAUU